AUGCCAAUCGAUUAUUCUAAAUGGGAUAAGAUUGAAUUAUCUGAUGAUUCAGAUGUUGAAGUUCAUCCAAAUGUUGAUAAAAGAUCAUUUAUUCGAUGGAAACAAAGAGAUAUUCAUGAAAAAAGAAUGCAAAGAAAUAUUGAAAUUAAAUCGAUAAUAAUUCAACUAACAAUGUAUGCAAAAUUAAAUGAUAGAUUAGUUUAUUUAUUAAAUAAAUUAUCACCGUCAGAAUUAUUAAAUAAUGAAUUAGUUUUAAAAACUCUUGAUUCUGAAUUUGAUCCAAAGGAGAAAUUUGAUUAUGAAAAAUUAAUUAAAAGUAAAGGUGAUUCAGUUAGAAAAGGUUUAACAGAUUUAAAAUUUGAUAAGGAAGAAAUUGAAAAUACUCCUUGUUAUAAUGAAAUGAUUGAUGAUUUAUUUAUUCAAAUUAAAGAUGAUCAUGAAGAUGCAAAAACUGAUGGUGAUAAAUUAAUUCAAUAUAUAAAAGAUCAUAGACAAAGAAUUGAUGAUGUUUCAUCAAAACAAACUAUUAAAUUAGAUUCAUUAUUAAAUGAAAAAGCUCAAUUGAUUACCAAUGAAGAUUUACAUACUGGUUUUGAUACUUCAUUUAUAAAUAAAGAUAAAGAUGAACCUAAAAAAGAAACUCUUAAACAAACAACAAUCGAAACUAUAAAUACACCAGUUGAACAUAAAGAACCAGAAAAGGAUAUACUAGAUGAAUUGGAAUUAUUACCAGAAACUGAAAAAUUUGGUCAAAUACCAUCUACAGAUUUGAAUAAAUCUGCUGAAUAUUUAAUUAAAAAUUAUCAUAUUUGUACCCAACAACAAAAGGAUGCUUUAGUUAUGACUGCUUUCAAUUAUCAAUUGGAUGGUAAUUCAUCGGAAGCAAAACAAAUCGUACAUCAAUCUAUAUUAUUACAAUAUGCUGCUCAAUUAACUGGUCCAAAUAUGAUAAAAGAUAAUGCAAUUAAAGCAGUUAAAUUAUUCUUCAGUAAAAUUAAUGAUACCUCAUCACCGGCAAGAAUAGCAAUUGAAGAAGAAGUUAAAAAUACAUUUAAUCAUAUAGUUCAAAGAUGUGAAGUUAUUAAAAAUGAAAGAAAUGAACAAGAAGGAGAAGAAUUGAUUCAAUUAAGAGCAUUAGAUGAAGGUACUGAAUUGACUGUAAAUUUACCAGAAGAAGGUACACAAGAAUAUGAAAUUUUUAAUGAUAAAUUACCGUUAAAUUUCCAAGAAGCUUUAAAAACAGGUAGUAUUGAUGAAGUAAAUAAUGAAUUUGCUAAACUAAAACUUGAAGAUGCUGAAAAAAUCUUGGAAAUUUUUAAUGAAUGUGGAGUUUUAGGUAUAAAUGGUGUAUUGGAAAAUGAAGAUCAAUUCCAAGAAUUACAAAGAGAAAGCAAAUCAGCUGGAUUUGAAGAACAUGAAGGUCAAACAGAUAUAUCAAAUAAUUCAAGUUCAGUAGAUUAA